AUGUGUGUCCUUUUAAGGAUUCACUUCCAAAAAUAUUUUACCAAGCGAAAUCAAGACUUUUAUGAUUUGUUAACUGCUGCAAACAAACCCUUAUAUGAGGGGGCUUCUGAUUCAAAACUUUCAAUAUGCGUGAAACUUUUAGCUUGCAAAUCAAAUUGGAAUGUUCCACAGAAAUGUCUUGAUUUCUUUGCAAGCAUUCUUGUAGAUGUGUGUCCUUUUAAGGAUUCACUUCCAAAAAGUUUUUACCAAGCGAAAAAAUUGGUGACAAUGCUAGGAUUGAAGUCUGAGAAAAUUGAUUGUUGUGUUAAAGGGUGCAUGUUGUACUACAAAGACAAUAGUGCAGAUAUAGAGUGUAGGUUUUGCCAUGAACCUCGAUAUGUUCCUCGUAAGCCUGGGAUAGGCAGUUUACGUCAUCCAUUAGAUGAGGAAGCUUGGAACCAUUUUGAUGCAAAGUAUCCAAACUUCGCAAAUGAACCAAGAAAUGUAAGGCUUGGUUUAUGUUCUGAUGGCUUCACGCCAUACAUUCAGGCCUCUUCAACCCCAUAUUCUUGUUGGCCUGUUGUUGUGACCUCGUAUAAUCUCCCGCCCGAAAUGUGCAUGACUAAACCAUUCAUGUUUUUGACUUGUCUCAUACCUGGACCAUCUAACCCAAAAGCAAACAUUGAUGUAUAUUUACAACCGUUAAUAGAUGAGCUUAAACAGUUGUGGAGUGAAGGGACUUUGACUUAUGAUAUAUCCAUGAAACAAAAUUUUGUAAUGAUGGCAACCUUAAUAUGGACAAUUAACGAUUUUCCUGCUUAUGGCAUGUUAUCUAGAUGGAGUACCCAAGGUAAGUUGGCAUGUCCGGUGUGUAUGGAUGGAAAUAAGGCUUUUACCUUAAAAUACGGUGGCAAAAAUUCAUGGUUUGAUUGUCACCGUUGUUUCUUACCUCAUAAUCAUGCAUUUAGAAGAAGUAAAAAAGGAUUCACUAAAAAUAGGGUUGUGAAAGAUGAAUCUCCUCCAAUAUUGACCGGUGAAGAAGUUUGGGGUUGGGUUCACAAUAUUCCACGAGUGAUAGAUACUGCACAUUCUAAAUUGUCGGGAUAUGGAGUUAGCCAUAAUUGGACUAAACGAAGCAUAUUUUGGGAUCUUCCAUACUGGAAAGAUAAUUUAUUAAGGCAUAAUUUAGAUGUCAUGCACAUAGAAAAAAACUUCUUUGAUAAUGUGUUUAACACUGUCAUGAAUGUUAAGAACGAGACUAAGGACGAUGAAAAAGCACGAAUGGACUUGGCCAUCAUUUGCCAACGUAGCGACCUGGAGUUGGUUCCACAUAACAAUGGAAAAAUGAAAAAACCUAAGGCAAAUUAUUGUCUUACGUCUAAUGAGGCAAAUAAUGUUUGUAAAUGGAUAAAGGAGCUUAAGAUGCCAGAUGGGUAUGCGUCUAACUUGGCAAGAUGUGCAGAUGUUAAUAGAGGACAAAUGAAUGGGAUGAAAAGCCACGAUUGUCAUGUAUUUAUGGAGUGUUUGCUUCCAUUUGCAUUUAGUUCAUUGCCUGACCAUGUGUGGAAACCAUUAACAGAAUUAAGUCAAUUCUUUAAGGGCUUGUGCAGCAAUACCUUAAGACAUGAUGAAUUGGUCAAAUUGGGUGAAAAUAUUCCAUUCAUCAUAUGCAAACUUGAAAGAAUCUUUCCACCAGGAUUCUUUGAUUCAAUGGAACAUCUUCCAAUUCACCUACCGUAUGAGGCAAAACUUGGUGGUCCAGUUCAAUAUCGAUGGAUGUAUCCAUUUGAAAGAAUGAUGGGUGAUUUUAAGCGCACAGUGAAAAACAAGGCUAGAGUGGAAGGAUCAAUAUGUAUGUCAUACUUACAUCGAGAGACAACAUAUUUUUGUUCCCACUAUUUCAAAACAAUCUCUUUGUUUAAUAGAAGCCAACGUAAUGAAGGUGCAAAAUUAAAUGAUGUUGUCACAACAACACUGUCAAUUAGCAAUCAAUUAGGACGUCCUAGUGGGAAGGCCCAAACACAUUGGUUGAGUGAUGCUGAAAGAAGGUCUGCUCAUGUACACAUCCUCAUCAAUUGCAACGAGGUCAAGCCAUAUAUUGACGCCUUUUUGCACUCUAAUUCCAUUCUUGAAGAAGAUCCUAUAUCUCAAACUCGUAUACAUGGAGAAUUCCCAGAAUGGUUUCGUGCGUAUGCCAUUGACAAGGAAAAUGGCGUGACUGACCCUAACUUGUUAUCAUUAGCUUGGGGUCCUAACUCAAUGGUUAAAACUUGGCACAAGUAUUACAUUAAUGGGUACAAAUUUCACACAAAAGCUUGGUCUCAGGGUAAGAAAACCAUAAAUAGUGGAGUUUAUGUGAAAGGGGUUACUGGAGGAGGGGAAGAUGAUUUCUAUGGAGUCAUCCAACAUAUCUUCGAGUUGGAGUAUUACAAAUUGCCUCACAAAGUAGCCUUGUUUUAUUGCCAAUGGUUUGAUCCUAGACGGAACAGAGGAACCAAAGUUCAUCCACAAUAUGAUAUUGUAGAUAUCAAGAUGAAUCGAAAAUAA